GUUACUAACAGUCAUGAAAACUGUAUCGUAAUAAUUACAAUUUGGCGCCAAUGGAGUUGGCAAUCGUUAUCAGAAAGUCAGCACCUUCGAAAUUUUUGAGUUUGAAUUUGAAUUGAAUAAAGUUUAAAUGUAAUGAAAUGAUUCCUUCAAAAUCUGGAAAUAAUUCUAGGCGAUCUUCUAUACUUAAGCCUCCCAAACCACGUCAUCCUCUACAGAACUUAAAUUUUAAUAAUUCAUCCAAUGAAAAUAGUCCUGCUACUACAACAAAAAUCAAAAGACGUGUUAGUUUUGCAGAAAAAAAGCAUGUCAAAGAAUUUUGUAAUUCUUUGGAGCAAGGAACAGUAUGGGAUAAUACAUAUGAAGAACAUGAUAUAAGUGAUAUUAAAAUAUCAUGUUCUUUUCAAAAAGAAUAUGAAUCUAAAAAUAUACAUAAAGAAAAUAUUUUUAAUAAUAUUCAUGAAAAUAAUGUGCAAUAUAUUUGUAAUGAAACAAUAACAAAAGAUAUAAAUAUUGACAGAUCUAAUUCAUAUAUUAUAAAUACAGUUGAAAAAGAAAAUUGUCGAGAUGAAAUGUUACUAAAUGAAUCAUUAAUUAUUUUUCAUAAUGUGGAUACUGAAAAAAAUGAAUCUAUUUUCUUGCAUGAUUCACAAUUAAAAAAUAAUAACUGUACAUCAAAAAAUAUUAUUGUGUAUGAAGAUUCUGAUAAAAAAUUAAUUGAACAAUCAAAUCAGAUAUCAGAUUAUUUAGAAUCAAAUGUAUGUAAUUUUGAUAAUAAUAAAUUAAAUAUCACAUCUGAUCAAAAUAUAUGUAUGGAUUUAACUGAAGUUGUUAGCCCUGCAAAUUCUAUUAAUCGUGAUGAAACAAAAAAGAUGCUUAAAAAUGCAUCAAUAGAAUUAAUAAAUGAUAUUUUACCAAAUAAGGAAAACUUUCAACAAUUUAAUAAAUCAAAUGUAGGAGAAUCUAGUAUAACAAAUCAAAAUAAAUCAAUGGAAAUUACUGUGUCCCAACCAUCUGUUAUUAAACUUAAUAAAAAUAUUGAUAACAUAAAUACAUUUUGUGUAGAUGACAAAACUAAAAGACUUGAUAUUUCAAUGGAAAUAACUUCAGCAAUACCAACUUCUUUAUGUAAUCUACAAUCAAAUAAUAAUGAUAUAAAUUAUUAUGUUUCUAAUUUAAUAUCAUAUAAUAAUGAUAAUAAGAUAACUCCUUUUCAUGACAUAUCAAUGAAUACUACUAAAGCUAUAGAAACAAUUGUUCAUAAAUCAUCUGACAGAUCACCUGUGGUACAAAAAAUAUCACAAUAUAACAUUACAAAACAAGAUGAAGAAACCAAAUUAUUAAAUACAUCUAUGGAAAUUACUAAAAUAGUUCCAAUUAAUGUACAUUCUGUAAUAAAAAAUUAUGGACCAAAUGAAAUUAAUUUUGAUACAGAAACUAAUGUUAAAAAGUUAAAAUAUGAUUCAGAUAUUUAUGAAACCUUAACAAAUUAUGAUAAAACAAAAUUUUAUAAUAAUGAAGAAAUGGAAUUUACCACAGCUAUAACAUCUUUACCUGCAAUAUGUCAAAAUAAUCUACAGUUAUCUAUGCAAGAUAUUUCUUGCACGCAAUUAAAUUCUUCAAAUUCAAUAUCUGAUAAUUCUGGAAAUCAUUCAUUGACAAAUAAAACUAUUAUUUUUGAUAACAAUUCAAUGACAGUUACUAAAAUAGUACCAACACUUGAUAGGAAGAAUCAAGACAUUAUCACAAAACUCUCCCAAAGUGAAAUAGAUUUUGAUAUAUGUUCUAGUAAAUUUAGACAAUCAAUAUUACCUGAUAAUUUUGAAAAAAAAAAUCUUAUAGAUGUUUCAAACAACAAAGAUAAUUUGUUAAGAGAUAAGAGUACUAUAGUAAAAAUUUCUUCUUUAUUAAACUCAGAUAUAAUUUCAAAUGAUAAUAAAAAAAUGGAACCUACCACAGCUAUAAUAUCUUCAUCUGCAUUAUAUCAAAAUAAUUUACAAAUACCGAAUACAAUACAGAAUAUUUCUUGCACACAACCAAAUUUUUCAAAUUUAAUAUCUGACUAUUGUAAAAAUCAUUCAUUGUUAAAAACUAACAAAACUAUUAUUUUUGAUGAUAAUUCAAUGAUAAUUACUAAAGUAGUACCAAUACUUAAUAAAAAGCAACAAGAUAUUAUGAUAACAGAUUCCCAAGAAAUAAAUUCUGAUAUAUAUUCUGCUAAAGUUAGACAGUCUAUAUUACAUAAUAGUAUAGAAAAGUCUUGAAAAAUAAUUCCAAACAUGUAAAUUCUUGUUUAUUAAGCACAAAUAUAGAAAACAAUGUUGUACAAAGUUCUACUCCAAUUAAAGUUCAGGAUUUUGUAAAUAUUAAACCUAGCAUGUCUUCGCAUGAAUCAAUGCAG